AUGGCACCCAAGAAGAACGCAAAGGCUUCCGACAGCAUCAAUGCUAAGCUUGCAUUGACAAUUAAGUCUGGCAAGGUCACUCUCGGCUACAAGUCCACCCUCAAGACUCUGCGCUCCGGCAAGGCCAAGCUCGUCAUCAUCGCCGGCAACACUCCUCCUCUGCGCAAGUCCGAACUCGAAUGUAAGUUGUUGGAAGAGCAGGAGCAGAAAGCGCAAGAGCUGACAGCCACUCCAGACUACAGCAUGCUGGCCAAGACGAACGUCCACCACUUCUCCGGCAACAACGUAAGCCUCAUUCCUCCUUGA